AUGUAAACACAGUCGUGGCUCUCUUUGAUUUGGUGAACAUUCACAGAUUCACACAACACGUUUCAACGUUUCGUUGUUGAAAACAGCACGGAGGAUGGCUUAAAUUUACACAUAUUUAGAAGUUUUGCGUUGGCGUCAGUGACUAUACAGGACGACUAAAGGAUAAUAUUUUUAGCGGCAUCAUGUAAUGACCUUGGUGAGGAGGAGAUAGUAUGCCGUUAGAACGCGGCGCGGCCAUCCAGCUGGGACUACUUCUGCUGGCAGUACCAGCCCAGUACUUUGUAUCACAGUAUUUCUCCGUGUCAGAGUCACAGAGGACGUUUGCCAUUAAGAAUUUGCUCAACAAUGCUGUGGGUUUCAAGAAUAAAUAUCUAUCAUGGAAAUCUUGGCAACAAUGGUGUCUGGACAUUAUUGGCGGUCUCCAUGACAACGUUCCUCCCUACACUGGCCAGGACAAUGUGAAUGGGGAGUCACCUGCAGUGGAAGUCCUGAAGUACAAGGACCCACUAGGCUACUUUGCAGGUGAUCCAGAUCCAAGAAGUCCACGGGCUCCUAACGUGGAGUUUCGUGUCGGACAGGUGGUGCGGCAUAAGAUCUGGGGGUACAGAGGUGUCAUAAUAGGCUGGGAUGUCACAGCCAGGGCACCAGAAUCUUGGCUAAAAGACAACCAUGCUGAGGGUAAACAGUACUGGAGGAAAAUGCCAAACUAUUCAAUCCUGGUGGACACUCGGGACAGAAUGUCACCUCAAAUGACUUAUGUACCACAGGAAAACUUACAGGUUAUCACUAACAUGAGGGUAAUGCACCCCAGCUUGGAUCAUUACUUUGAGAUGUUUGAUGGAGCACAGUACAUUCCUCGUCCCUGGUUAAAGGCUGUUUAUCCCCAUGACUGACUCCAGCCACAUCCCCAUGACCGACUGCAGCCACAGCUGUGUGUCUAUAUGCCUACACCUACAUAAACAUUGAGGAUGUUUGAAGAUUCCCAGUAACAUGUAAUUCUGUGUUCAAACAUGAUGUACUUUAAAUGAGAAUCUGGGAUAUCAUUAUUCUGUCAUUUAUUUUUUGAGAUAGUGGUUUAUAUGUCAAUUCUAUUUUGGUAUUUUGUCAUCCAGCUAAUAUCAGUGUAUGUUUGUGUGUUAAACAUGAUGUAUGGAAAUCCUAUACACAGUGUAUUUGUGUGUGUGUGUUCUACAUACACUCUAUGUGCCUCACAGGAAGAUAUGUAAACCAUGUAUAUUGUAUGUAAGAUAUGAACUGUGUAUGUAUGAUAUCUACAAUGUAUGUAUAAUAUAUACUGUAGGUAUAGUAUGUACAAUAUUUACACUGUCUAUGAUAUGUAUGUUUGUCUUUGAUGAGGUGAGAGUUGUAAACCCUGAUGUUUGUCUACAACUAAGCGAGAGUUGUAUACCCUUAUAUUUAUCUUUAACCAGGUUAGAGUUAUAGAUACUUAUACUUGUUUAUAACCAGGUUAGAGUUGGAGACCCAAAUGUUUGUCUUUAAAGAGGUGAGAGUUACAUUACGUGGUGAGAGUUGUAGUCCCAUUAUGAGGUGAGAGUUGUAGCCCCAUUAUGAGGUGAGAGUUGUAGCCCCAUUACAGGGUGAGAGUUGCAGCCCCAUUACGAGGUGAGAGUUGUAGCCCCAUUACUAGGUGAGAGUUGUAGCCCCGUUAUGAGGUGAGAGUUGUAGCCCCAUUACAGGGUGGGAGUUGUAGCCCCAUUACGGGAUGAGAGUUGUAGCCCCAUUACAGGAUGAGAGUUGUAGCCCCAUUACAGCGUGAGAGUUGUAGCCCCAUUGUGAGGUGGGAGUUGUAGCCCCAUUAUGAGGUGAGAGUUGUAGCCCCAUUAUUAGGUGAGAGUUGCAGCCCCGUUACCGGGUGGGAGUUGUAACCCCAUUACGAGGUGAGAGUUGUAGCCCCAUUAUGAGGUGAGAGUUGUAGCACCAUUACGGGAUGAGAGUUGUAGCCCCAUUAUGACGUGAGAGUUAUAGCCCCAUUAUGAGGUGAGAGUUGUAGCCCCAUUACAGGGUGAGAGUUGUAACCACAUUACAGGGUGAGAGAGUUAUAGCCCCAUUAUGAGGUGAGAGUUGUAGCCCCAUUACGGGAUGAGAGUUGUAGCCCCAUUACAGCGUGAGAGUUGUAGCCCCAUUGUGAGUUGGGAGUUGUAGCCCCAUUAUGAGGUGAGAGUUGUAGCCCCAUUAGAGGGUGAGAGUUGUAACCCCAUUAUGAGGUGAGAGUUGUAGCCUCAUUAUGAGGUGAGAGUUGUAGCCCCAUUAUGAGGUGGAGUUGUAGCCCCAUUACGAGGUGAGAGUUGUAACCCCAUUACGAGGUGAGAGUUGCAGCCCCAUUACAGGGUGAGAGUUAUAGCCCCAUUAUGAGGUGAGAGUUGUAGCCCCAUUACAGGGUGAGAGUUGUAACCACAUUACAGGGUGAGAGAGUUAUAGCCCCAUUACGAGGUGAGAGUUGUAGCCCCAUUACGGGAUGAGAGUUGUAGCCCCAUUACAGGGUGAGAGUUGUAGCCCCAUUGUGAGGUGGGAGUUGUAGCCCCAUUAUGAGGUGAGAGUUGUAGCCCCAUUAUGAGGUGAGAGUUGUAGCCCCAUUACAGGGUGAGAGUUGUAGCCCCAUUAUAGAGUGAGAGUUGUAGCCCCAUUACGAGGUGAGAGUUGUAACCCCAUUACGAGGUGAGAGUUAUAGCCCCAUUACGAGGUGAGAGUUGUAGCCCCAUUACGAGGUGAGAGUUGUAGCCCCAUUAUGGAGUGAGAGUUGUAGCCCCAUUAUGGAGUGAGAGUUGUAGCCCUGUUAUGAGGUGAGAGUUGUAGCCCUGUUAUGAGGUGGGAUGUUGGUCUAUAAUGAUUUAAGGGUUUAUGAUUAUUCUUUUGUCAGGUCUGACUUGACAUGCAGCCAUUCUGGUAUUAAUAUUUUCUGCUGGUAUGUAUAAUAUGGUGUAUGCUGGGCAUCGACUGGGUAUUUCUGCUGAUUUUUCUACAUUACUGAUAAAUGUGUACAGGUAACGAGCUGUCAUGUUAUUUAUAUGUAAAUAAAGGAUAAACCUUAUUCCAUCAGAUAUUUAUAGUUAUGAAGAUGUUUAACUGAUGUGUAAUUGGCUCUUUUAAGAAUGAUUGUGCAUUAUGGGAGACGUGUGUACCUUAUUGACCAGAAAAGUCCUGCUCACCUGACAGAACUAACAGGUCCUGAUAUUGCUAUCUACAUAAGUAACACCUUUGUUGUUUCUGACAUAUGACUGCUGCCAUGAUCUGGUCAACGUUUCUAUAAAGAGACUGAAAUAAUUAUGUUUUUGAAUCCCAGUAAACCUGUCAAGACCAACACAGAGAGUUAAACAAGAUUAGACAGUUUAGUCUUCAGACAGAGGAGGACACUGGUCAAGUUUGGUGUCAGUUAGGUGUUUCUGUGUAGGUUUAGGACAGAGGAGACAGACUGUUGUUAUAGGAGGACACUAGUGAAGUUUGGUAUCAGUUACGUGUUUCUGUGUAGGUUUAGGACAGAGGAGACAGGCUGUUGUUACAGGAGGACACUAGUGAAGUUUGGUGUCAGUUUAGUGUUUCUGUGUAGGUUUAGGACAGAGGAGACAGGCUGUUGUUAUAGGAGGACACUAGUGAAGUUUGGUGUCAGUCAAGUGUUUCUGUGUAGGUUUAGGACAGAGGAGACAGACGGUUGUUACUGGAGGACACUGGUGAAGUUUGGUGUCAGUUACGUGUUUCUGUGUAGGUUUAGGACAAAGGAGACAGACAGUUGUUACAGGAGGACACUAGUGAAGUUUGGUGUCAGUUUAGUGUUUCUGUGUAGGUUUAGGACAGAGGAGACAGGCUGUUGUUACAGGAGGACACUGGUGAAGUUUGGUGUCAGUUAAGUGUUUCUGUGUAGGUUUAGGACAGAGGAGACAGACGGUUGUUACUGGAGGACACUGGUGAAGUUUGGUGUCAGUUAAGUGUUUCUGUGUAGGUUUAGGACAGAGGAGACAGACUGUUGUUGCAGGAGGACACUGGUGAAGUUUGGUGUCAAUUAAGUGUUUCUGUUUGUUGUUUUGGUGAGAUAAAAAUUUUCUAUAAAGACAUGUGAAGGAGAAAUGUUUUUUUUUGUGACAUAAAGAUAAAGAUUUACUGGGAGUAAUAAA